CCUAGCCACCCGGCGGGUACAAGGUAUGACGCUUUUAUUGGCGCCGGUAACCGAAUUGAGGUUCCUCAUUGAGAAAAUCCUGUUCGAUCUCUUGCCCUGGCUGUACUUCUCUUUACGCGACGAGGCGAUGUACGGCUACCUGCAGCUGAUGGAGGCCUACUACGUGUACGGACGAAGGAUUGGCCUAG